AUGUCCGGACUCGCAAAUUUUGACCCAGAAAACCCAGACAACUUGGAGGACAUCGAGAAGCAGUUUGCUGUCAAGGCUGUCCAGCAGAUGAGUACGUACUGGAGUCUUCUUUCGGCGGUACCACCAGCGAAGUUGAAGCUCACCAAGUAUGACGAUGAGAUCUUGGAGGAGUUCUACAAGACCUUCCCAGAGUACGACGAGAAGAAGGUUGCAUUCUUGGAUGAGGACGAGUUGAAGAGCAAGGAGGGUAAGGAGAAGUGGAGAGAGUUCAUCAAGAACUUCGAGGAGAAAGUGGAGGACUACAACUUUGGUACGUUGGUCAGAAAGGACGUUACCAAAGACUACUCGGAGGAAAAUACCAUCUUCGUUGUCAGAAUCCAGUUCUAUGCUAUCGAGCUCGUCAGAAACAAGCUUGGGUUGAACGACUGGGUGUACAAGAAGUAA